UGCUAGGCUUGCGGGACCGCCUGAAACAAAGAGGGCGCGGAGGGGAGCCGGCCAUGGCUUCCCGGAGCCUGGGGGGCCUGAGCGGGAGCCGCGGCAGCAAGAAGAGCCUCAGCGCCCGCAAUGCUGCGGUGGAGAGGAGGAACCUGAUCACCGUGUGCAGAUUUUCUGUGAAGACCCUGAUUGAUCGGUCUUGCUUUGAAACAAUCGAUGACUCUUCUCCCGAAUUUAAUAAUUUUGCAGCUGUUCUGGAGCAAAUUCUAAGUCACCGGCUAAAAGGUCAAGUAACCUGGUUUGGUUAUGAAAGUCCUCGUAGCUUCUGGGACUACAUCAGAGUGGCUUGCCGAAAAGUUUCUCAAAACUGUAUCUGCAGCAUUGAAAAUAUGGAAAAUGUCAGUUCCUCCAGAGCUAAGGGUAGAGCCUGGAUCAGAGUAGCACUCAUGGAAAAGCAUUUGUCUGAAUACAUCUCCACAGCUUUGAGAGACUUCAAAACAACCAGGAGGUUUUAUGAUGAUGGAGCCAUUGUCUUGGGCGAAGAAGCGAAUGUGCUCGCUGGCAUGCUGCUUGGACUCAAUGCCAUUGACUUCAGCUUCUGCCUAAAAGGAGAAGGAUUGGAUGGCACCUUCCCUGCUGUAAUAGACUACACACCAUAUUUGAAGUUUGAGCAAAGUUCUGACAGCAUCAGCAGCGAUGAGGAAGAGCUCCGCACUUUCGGAAGCAGCGACAGUGAAAGCAGCACCCCAGAGAACGCAGGGCCACCCCUCAUCAUGGAUGAGAGCAGCUGGUUCAACAAGUGCAAGAGAGUAAGACAAAAAUACCAGCUCACCCUGGAGCAGAAGGGUUAUCUUGAAGAACUCUUACGGCUUCGUGAGAACCAACUUUCUGACUCUGUCUCUCAGAAUAAAGUACUACUUCAGAGGAUUGAAGACUCUGAUCUGGCCCACAAGUUGGAGAAGGAACAGUUAGAAUAUAUCAUUGUCGAGCUUCAAGAUCAGCUGACUGUGCUAAAGAAUAAUGAUUUAAGAUCAAGACAAGAGUUAACUGCCCACCUCACCAACCAGUGGCCUUCCCCAGGAGCUCUGGAUGUCAAUGCUGUUGCCUUGGAUACGUUGCUUUACCGAAAACACAAUAAACAGUGGUAUGAUAAAAGUUACCAAAGCCUUGAACAGUUAUCAGCAGAAGUUAGCCUUUCUCAGGCCUCACUGGAUCCCAGCCAUUCACAAGAAGGAGAUGGGAAACAAGACUCAUUCAAUUUCAUUGGUGAAGGUAAAGAAGAUACUCCCUCACUGCUUGGUCUCUGUGGGUCACUAACAUCAGUGGCAAGCUACAAAUCCCUCACGAGCCUAAAAUCCAAUGACUGCCUUGCAAGCCCCACAGCUGAGAUGAAAAGUCCAGGCCGGACUCCAUCCUGAAAGACUACGGAAAAACCCAAAGUCUCUGUAUUGUAUAUAUUCAGUUUCCAUAAGUUUGACUGCUGGAGAGAUGUUUGAAAUUUUAUAUUAUUCUGGUACACGUAUGGCAUUUUGUU